UUUUGUAUGUUGGUACGGUGGGUACAUUUGGGGCAUGGGUGGCACAUGCACGAGCCUCUGUGAGGGCUGGGGCAGAUAAAAGCGCGCGGUUUGGGGUCGCUUCUGUUUGCGCACAGAUUCUCUCUGACCGCGACAUGGUGCUGUGCGUCCUGCGGAUCAUUCUCCUGGUAAUAUGUCUGCAGAUGACUGGAUCAGCACAUGGCUCACGAACAGAAUGUGAGCAGUCCCAGUUCCAGUGUGAAAAUGGCCGCUGCAUCCCCUCGGUGUGGCAGUGCGAUGGGGAUGACGACUGUGUGGAUGGUAGUGACGAAAACACAUGUGUACGGAAGACUUGUGCAGAACUAGAUUUUGUUUGCCGCAACGGCCAAUGCAUUCCCAAGAGGUGGCACUGUGACGGGGAACCGGACUGCGAAGAUGGCUCAGAUGAGGGCACAGAAGUUUGUCAUACCAGAACUUGCCGUAUGAAUGAGUUCAGCUGUGGCGUAGGCUCAACGUUGUGCGUUCCUGUCUCAUGGAGGUGUGAUGGUGAAAAUGACUGUGACAACGGAGAGGACGAGGCGAGCUGUGGUAACAUUACCUGCUCUCCUGUGGAGUUCACCUGUGCCAGUGGUCGCUGCAUCUCCCACAACUUUGUAUGUAACGGUGAGGAUGACUGCGGUGAUGGAACUGACGAGAUCGACUGCAGUCUUUCUUCGUGUGGUCCUAACCAGUUCCAGUGUGGCAAUUCCACAUGCAUUCCUAUAGGCUGGGUUUGUGAUGAUGAUGUGGACUGUCAGGACCAAUCGGAUGAGUCACCUCAGCGCUGUGGGCGAAACUCAACGCCAUUGGCAAAGUGCUCAUCCAGUGAAGUGCAGUGCAGUUCGGGAGAGUGUAUUCACCGCAAGUGGCUGUGUGACGGAGAUGCAGACUGCAGGGAUGCCAGCGAUGAAAGAAACUGCCCUCCUCGCUCCUGUCGGCCUGACCAGUUCAAGUGUGGCGAUGGCAGCUGUAUCCACGGCAGCCGGCAGUGCAAUGGCUUCCAGGACUGCACUGACGGCACGGAUGAGCUCAACUGUCAUAACUCGACUCAGUGUCGUGGUCUUGACAUGUUUAAGUGUCGAAGUGGAGAGUGUAUUGAGAUGAACAAAGUGUGUAAUAAGUUUCGGGACUGCGUAGACUGGAGCGAUGAACCCAUAAAGGAAUGCAAUCUGAACGAGUGCGUGUUUAACAAUGGUGGCUGCUCACAUAUCUGCCGAGACUUGGUGAUUGGCUAUGAAUGUGGUUGUACGCCUGGUUUGCAGCUCAUCGAUCGCAGAACAUGCGGGGAUAUAAAUGAAUGUUUAAACCCAGGGAUCUGCAGUCAGAUCUGUGUCAACCUGAAGGGAGGAUAUAAAUGCGAGUGUCAUGAAGGCUAUCAGAUGAACUCCACUACAGGAGUGUGUAAGGCAGUAGGCAAAGAACCAUGUCUACUCUUCACAAACCGGCGGGACAUUCGGAAGCUGGGACUGGAGCGGCGUGAAUAUACACAGAUAGUAGAGCAGCUGCGCAACACUGUGGCUUUGGAUUUCCAUUUUAACCAACAGAAAAUCUUCUGGGCUGAUAUGGGACAGAAAGCCAUCUUCAGUGCAGUGCUGGAAGAUGUAAACAGCCACACUAAAGUGAUUGAUGUCCAGAUGCCAGUUGGAAUAGCAGUGGACUGGAUCUACAACAACUUCUACUGGUCAGACCUUGGUAGUAAGACGAUAGCUGUGAAUAAUUUUAAUGGCACCAAGCAGAAAGUGCUGUUCAGCAGAGAUCCAAAAGAGCCAGCAUCCAUCGCCGUGGAUCCUCUUUCUGGGUUUCUUUACUGGUCAGACUGGGGUGAGCCAGCUAAGAUUGAGAGGUCGGGCAUGAACGGGUUAGACAGGCAAGUCCUGGUUGAAACAGAUAUUCAGUGGCCCAUCGGAAUCACCCUUGAUCUGAUCAAAAGCAGGCUGUACUGGGUGGAUUCCAAGCUGCAUACUCUGUGUAGUGUGGAUCUAAAUGGAGACAACCGGAGAAAAGUGCUGCAGUCUAAGAAUUACCUGUCCCUUCCCUACGCCCUUACUGUGUUUGAGGACCGUGUGUUCUGGACAGAUACUGAUAGUGAGGCCAUCUAUGGGGCAAACAAGUUUACCGGCUCAGAUGUGAUUAUGCUGGCCAACAACCUGAAUGUACCACAAGACAUAAUCAUCUACCAUGAACUCAUCCAGAUGUCGGGGACUAACUGGUGUAAUGAGAAGGUAGAAAAUGGAGGCUGUUCCUACAUGUGUCUGCCAGCUCCUCAGAUCAACAAACACUCCCCUAAAUAUACAUGUGUAUGUCCAGAAGGGCAGGAGCUGGCUUCUGACAGCCUGCGCUGCACAUCAGCACCUGUAGACGGAAACAUGAGCACCUCUAUCCAUGAGGUGCAAUCAGCCAAAGGAUCAUCUGCAGCCUGGGCAGUGGUACCAGUCUUGCUGCUGGCGAUGGCUGCAGCAGGAGCGUAUUUAAUGUGGCGUAACUGGCAGAUAAAGAAUAAAAAGAGCAUGAAUUUUGACAACCCAGUUUACCUGAAGACAACAGAAGAAGAUCUGAACAUCGACAUCAGCAGACAUUCUGCCUCUGUUGGGCACACAUAUCCUGCUAUAUCAAUAGUAAACACAGAAGAGGAUUUACCAUAACCAGUGCCCUUUACUGCUCUUGUUCAUGAACUGUCCAGUUAGGACACCUGCCAACCACUGCUGUUCCAGCAGGCUGACAGCUUUCCGAAGUGCACUUCCCAGUUAUUUUUGGGAGUGUUGAGUCAUUUGUGUGAAUAUACUGAUGGAUUUCUUCCUUCUCACAAUGAAUGUGCCCAAAGCCACAAAAUAUUUGAGGACAUGACCUUUUAUUUACUGUCAGGUUUCCACAUGUAUCCUGGUCCUAACAAGGUAGUUGACCCACCUGACAGUUUUUGAUCCAGACAUUGCAACUGCUGUUGGGCAUUUAGUUUGUGAGAAUACUUAAAUAUGAUUGUUUUAUAGGCAGCCAUAUUUCCAAUGUAUGUUUUCAGGUUUUUCUUUUGUUAAAAUAUUGACCUCCAGAAGCACAUUCUUAUAAAUAAGGCUUCUUGUGUCUUACCUAAGAAAAAAGCUAUUUAUAAAACACUGUACGUAUCCCUAAUUAAAAUAGAAUAAGUAUUCUUAAGCACUUUGGUUAGAUGCUCCUGUGUAAAUAAGACUGUAUACAGUGGACUGAAUAAAUGUUGCUAUGUUGGGUCAUAGUGCCAGGGUAAAUUAAAAUGUAUUUAAAAAGAAAAUAUUGGUAAACUAUUUUGUAUGUUUGUGUGCUGUUCCUGUGACCUUUUUUAUAGCAUUGUACAGGGGGAGUAAACACUCUUUAUUGAAGACGGUUGCCAAUACUUGAAAUGAAAUAAAAUGAUUUGUUCCAUUGUGA